AAGGCCUGUCUUGUGGAGCAUACGUAUUGACAGGAGCAGAGUCCCUAUAAAAACCUCAAAGGGUGCGUGAAGAUAGUAUGCCUACCAGCUUACUCAUUGCUUCCCUAAUAUACCUGCUACUAAUACCAAAGGCUGCCAUGAGAUUCACUAAACAAUUCCAAUUUGGUUGUUUGGCCUUGCUCUUCAUUUUGGGAGCUUGGCCUUCUAAAUCCACAGCUCGAACCCUCCUGGAUGCACCCAUGUAUGAGAGGCAUGAGCAAUGGAUGACUCAGUAUGGGCGUGUAUACAAGGAUGACACCGAGAGGGCGACCCGUUACAGCAUAUUCAAGGAAAAUGUUGCACGCAUAGAUGCUUUUAACAGUCAAACCGGCAAAUCUUACAAACUUGGUGUCAAUCAAUUUGCAGAUCUUACAAAUGAAGAGUUCAAAGCUUCACGCAAUAGGUUCAAGGGCCAUAUGUGCUCUCCACAAGCAGGUCCUUUCAGAUAUGAAAACGUUUCUGCAGUGCCUUCUACCAUGGACUGGAGAAAGGAAGGAGCUGUAACCCCUGUCAAGGACCAAGGACAGUGUGGUUGUUGUUGGGCAUUUUCGGCAGUGGCAGCCAUGGAAGGAAUCAAUAAGCUUACAACUGGUAAAUUGAUCUCCCUUUCAGAGCAAGAGGUUGUUGAUUGUGACACUAAGGGUGAGGAUCAAGGCUGCAACGGUGGUUUGAUGGAUGAUGCCUUCAAAUUCAUUGAACAAAACAAGGGUCUAACAACUGAAGCUAACUACCCAUACAAGGGAACAGAUGGGACUUGCAACACUAACAAGGCAGCCAUCCACGCAGCAAAGAUUACCGGGUUUGAAGAUGUGCCAGCAAACAGUGAAGCUGCACUGAUGAAGGCUGUUGCCAAGCAACCAGUUUCUGUUGCUAUUGACGCUGGUGGAUCUGAUUUCCAAUUCUACUCGAGUGGCAUCUUUACAGGAAGUUGCGACACUCAACUAGACCAUGGUGUCACUGCUGUUGGAUAUGGAGUCAGCGAUGGAUCAAAGUAUUGGCUAGUGAAGAACUCAUGGGGUGCACAAUGGGGGGAAGAGGGAUACAUACGAAUGCAGAAAGAUAUAUCUGCAAAGGAAGGACUAUGUGGCAUAGCUAUGCAAGCCUCUUACCCCACUGCCUGAUCAGAUGUUCCAAUAUCUAAACACAUGUGUCGUCUACUGCUGUUGAUGGCUAUUUCUACCAUGAAUUAUAACGUGUAUGCUUGCUCCCUGUAAUUUCUCCUUUGGCUAUGUACUAUCUCAGAAAGAACUCGUAGAAGCCUCCGAUGCUAAUAACGAGUCUGUAUAUGAUAUUGUUACUGUGUAACAUAUACAUGAAAACUAUCUGAUUUUAUGUCUUA